AUGGCUGACAAGUUUCCAGAGUUGAAAGACGUCGACACCGGCGCAUCUUCCGGUGAAUCUCCUUCGCAAGGUGACUUUUUAAGUAGAGAAAAGGAACUUUUGGGCGAUGAAUUCACAACCGAGAGAGACCAAGAGUUGGCUGACGACAACGUGGACGAGUUCGACGAAUUUGAGAGCAACUUUCCCAAAGUAGAUGCUGAUCAAGAGGAGAGUAUUCCAGUAGAAGAUGCUCCCGAAGAAGAGGCACAUACUCCACUGCACAGCACUUUUGAUAAUUUGGACUUGAAGGAGAGCAAGCCAAUUCAAGAGUGGAAAGAGCGUACUGAAUUGGAGAUCUCCAAGAGAGAUGAGGUUGCUGCCAAGAAACACGAAGAGAUCAAAAAACAGGCUGAGAAGGAUGUGGAUGACUUUUAUGUCAACUAUAACGACAAGAAGGAGAAAUCUCUAAAGGCCACCAAGGAGGACGAGGAGAAGUUCAUUGCCAAGAGGGACAGUUUCUUCGACCAGGGAAGUGUGUGGGAUAGAACAGUAGAGCUGCUGAAGUUGAAGAAGAACAGUUCUUUUGGUGCUGAUGAAGCGGACAAGACUAGAUUUAAGGAGAUUUUGUUAUCUUUGAAGGGGAAGGAAAACGUCCCUGGAGCUGCUGGAUAUUGA